AAUAAAAUGGCGGAAAAAACAAAGACUACUAGUCAUGUGAAGCAUGUGCCUAAGGAUGCACAGGUUAUAAUGUCAAUAAUUAAGGACAUGGGGAUUGAACAAUAUGAACAAAAAGUUAUUAAUCAACUACUUGAAUUUACUUACCGCUAUAUCACAUGUACCCUGGAUGACAGUAGGAUCUACGCUAGCCAUGCGAAAAAGAAAUUUAUUGACCUGGAUGACGUUAGAUUGGCUGUCAAGAUGCAGCUGGAGAAAACGUUCACCAAUCCACCGCCGAGAGACGUUUUGCUGGAGGUUGCUAGAGCUAAGAAUAAUAUUGCGUUGCCAUUUGUCAAGCCUAAUAAUGGACUCAGGUUGCCGCCAGAUCGUUACUGUUUGAUAGCAGCUAAUUAUAAGUUGAAGCCUACCAUAAAGAAACCUAUUGGUAAGCCGAUUCACGCGAUAGUCGGCAAUAAUUUGGUCAGUGGGCAGUCCAGAGUUAGAGUUGAUGCCAAUAAAACUGUUAAACCUAAAAUCCCAAUAGUGACCAACCAACCAAUGUCUUCUACUUCUAUGGAUGAUAGCUUAAAAAGAAAACGAGAAGACGACGAACACGAAAUUCCAUAA